UUACCAGUAACUACAGACAUUCACUGUAAUUGUGUAAAUUAGUAACUACAAUAGUAAUAACAGAGAUACAGUCAUACAGAAGAGGAGAGCCCAGUGAAGACACUAAGGAAAGCCUUGAAGUUGCAGACAAGAAUUCGGAAAAGGAACAGUUUUUUUUGAAGGCUUAGGUGUGGUAUCAAAGAAAAUGCGAGGUCUCCAACUAAACCUAACUAGGUUGGACCUUAGUUCACUUCAUUCGAAUCUGGAAUAUUCGAUUUUUAGUUGUAAGAGAAUGCCAAAAUUGAUUGCUACGCAUUCAUCCGUUAUGGGGCAGCCAAAGCUAUCAGUAACAUGCGGAGUUCGUUUUCGUCCUUGUAUAGACAUACAUAAGGGAAAAGUGAAGCAAAUAGUAGGGUCCACUCUUUCUGAUUCGAAGGAUGGAGACAUGAGUCUUAUAACUAAUUUCGAAUCGGAUAAGUCAGCAGCAGAAUAUGCUUCUCUAUACAAAGAAGAUGGGCUCAGAGGUGGUCACGUAAUUAUGCUUGGAGCCGAUCCUUUAAGUAACUCAGCAGCCAUGGAAGCUUUACAUGCUUAUCCUGGUGGUUUGCAAGUUGGAGGUGGUAUCAAUUCCAGCAAUGCUAUGAACUACAUUGACGAAGGAGCAAGCCAUGUUAUAAUUACAUCAUAUGUAUUUAAUAAUGGACAAAUGGAACUCGGGAGGCUUGAAGAACUUGUUCAUCUUGUUGGGAAAGAGAGGCUUGUAUUGGACCUUAGUUGCAGGAAGAAGGAUGGUAAAUAUGCAGUUGUCACUGAUAGGUGGCAGAAGUUCAGCGAUGUCUAUGUUAAUGAAGAAGUAUUAAAUUUUCUUUCCACUUAUGCUGAUGAGUUUCUGGUUCAUGGAGUCGAUGUUGAAGGGAAAAAGCUGGGAAUUGACGAAGAGCUUGUCGCUCUACUUGGAAAACACUCACCGAUACCGGUUACCUAUGCUGGCGGUGUGACUGUAAUGGAUGAUCUGGAGAGGAUAAAGAUUGCAGGAAUGGGAAAUGUAGAUGUUACUGUUGGUAGUGCUUUAGAUAUUUUUGGUGGCAACUUGCAUUAUAAAGAUGUUGUAAGUUGGCAUGACGAACAAGCUGCCGUAGCAGCUUAGUUUUCUUCCAUACUGUACUUUGUUAUGGAUGCGACUUAUCAUGAGUCAUGACUGAUGUAGUGGAAAAAUCAAAAGUUUUUUUCACCAGGUUAAAACUGUUUUGAUGGUACCUCUUCAAUGUAGAACUGAGAUGUAUGGGCUGGUCCUGUGCUUUUGAAUGCUAAGUUAAGUUUUGCAGAGUA